GAGCCCCGGAGUUUGUAGUUGAACAAGGCUUGUAUUACCCUACUGCCACCAAUUAUGGGUACAUCUGUACAGGAUUUGAAUCACCCAGCGAUUGGGAUGACCACCAUAGGAUUUUUGGUCUGGAUGGUCAAGAAGUUCAGUACACGGGUAGGGGUGCUCAAGCUGUAGAUAACAUUUCACAUGGGAAGGCUUUGUCUCAUCGUAACCAACUAAAAAUGGCUCUCACUUCUAGUAAUGGCUUAUCUAAUUUUGGGUCAAGUGCUCAUGGAGGGGCUGCAGUGGAAAAGAUUCGAUCCAACUUCCACUAUGGUAGAGUAUCGAAUGAUGUGAAUGGAAGUCCAGAUGCAUUGACUGAACAAAAUCGAGGCCCUAGAACCAACAAAUCCAAGAAUCACUUGGCUGUGAAAGCCUACACAACUAGAGCUGGAGAGAGUGAUGCACAAGGAAACAUCAUUAUCUAUACUGACGAGUAUAACAAGGAUGAUUUUCCAGUAGAUUAUGUGAAUGCGAAGUUCUUUGUAAUAAAAUCAUAUAGUGAGGAUGAUGUGCACAAGGGCAUUAAAUAUAAUGUUUGGUCAUCUACUUCCAAUGGAAACAAGAAGCUGCAGAGUGCAUAUGAAGAUGCACAGAGAAUAGCCUCCGGGGAACCAAGAGGCUGUCCUAUCUUCCUGUUUUUUUCUGUUAAUGCAAGUGGCCAAUUCUGUGGUGUUGCAGAAAUGACUGGUCCUAUUGACUUCCAUAAAGAUAUGGAUUUCUGGCAGCAAGAUAAAUGGAGUGGAAGUUUCCCUGUGAAGUGGCACAUUAUAAAAGAUGUUCCUAACCCCAAUUUUCGGCACAUCAUUUUAGAGAACAAUGAGAAUAAGCCUGUAACUAAUAGCAGAGAUACACAAGAG